AUGGCCGCCGUCGCCGCUGCCACGGGGCUCAGGGAGCUCGUCAUGGACAAGUGCCUCGGCGUGAUGGAUCGACUAGCAGGAAGUACCAAGAACACACAUGUGCUAACACGCCGGCGAGAGGAAUGCGAACUUUCUGUUAUUUCCUGCUCUGGCGUCACCGUUGGCGAAGGAUUGUGCUUCUCUCGUCGUCUCCGUCGAUUACUAAAGCUGAAGGUGAGCAAUGAAUCCCUUAGAUCACUCUCCACUCGCGAGAAGUUGGAGGACAUAACAAUGGUCUGCUGCUUGUUUACAGACGAUGAUGGCCUACAGAUGCUAAGCGCAGGCAACUCGUUGAAGGAGCACUACCAGGAACAGCACCAGCAAAGCAACAGCAACGAAUGCAGUAACCCCACAAACGACAGCAACAGCCGCAAGAAAAAGGCAGAAGACAAUGAAGAAAUUUUGCCCCAGAGAAACAGAUCAAGGCACAAUUAG